AUGACUUCGGGUGAGGAGGAAGUCGAGGAGGUCCUGACCUUGCGACCUCUCUUCGAGGAGACCCUGGUGGAUCCUACAGCCCAUGAGCUGAUAUUCGAUUUUGGGCAAGGUCUUCGAUUCUGCCUUCGGCAGAGGCCCGAGAGCUUCGCCUGCCAACACAGCGGGCCGUCUCUUGCGCAAGCCCCGACAGAACGAAGUCGGCGCACUGGCUGCAUGGUCUGGGACGGGGCCGUCGUCCUUGCUGGCAUGCUGGCGGCCGCUGCAGACGCGGGAUCCACUGCAGGUCGGGAAGCCUCGCACUGGAGAUCCGCCGCCGCGCAGGGCAUUCUAGAGCUGGGCGCCGGAGAAGGCGGACUGCCCGGGCUGGUGGCCUCGCGCGCCUUCGCCUCCCAGGCAGUCUUGACCGACUUGGAGGAUGUGGUGCCAGAGCUGGCCCAGAACCUCGCGCUGAACGGCUCCACCGCCAGCGCGCAGGCCCUGGUGUGGGGCGAAGAUGCUGCAGCGGUGUCUCGGAAAGAGAUUGCUGGAAUGGUCGCCGGAAAACGAUAUAGAUGGCUGAUCUCGGGGGGCAGUCUUGACGAUCGCAAUCUCGUGGCUCAUUGGCUGGCGUCGCUUCUGAGUUUUGAGGUCAGCUUGGAGCGCUUUGAGCUUCUGACAGCUGAUGCAAUGGCGGCAGCCCAGCAGGAGGGAGCCCGCCUCGUUCAUGAGAGUCAGGCCCUGCUGGACAGAACCAUUGAGCAGCUGAAUGUCUCAGAGAAGUGGUCAAUCCAGUGGCCUUGCCAGCGGCUGUCUUGCAAGAGAGAGCAACGACCUGGCGUUACCGACAAUGCGCGUGUGCAGUGCUUCUUAGAUGUGAGGGAUGAAACGGGGGCAAAACCACCAGAUUUCAAGAGGCAGCUGGUAACUGGACGCGACAUCCUCCGGCACAAUCUUGAGGCCGAGAGGGAGAAUCGGCUGGAUGAGGUCUGGCACUUGUCGGUGAUUUGCCGCAAGUGCAGGAGGCAAGCUCGGUGCAUCAGCGCCACGGAUACAAAGGAGAGGCUGGGCUGCGCUGGGAGUGUCCGCGUCCUUCAUGGCGUCCUCGAUGUCCGGCUGCACGACAACCUCUUUGCGCAUGAUGCCAUGACGUGGAAGACCGGCGAUGGCGGCCUGAGUGACUUGGCCACAGAGACGGCCACCCUGAAGCUUUCGGCAGGGCAGACGACGUGGCUGAACCGUGCACAUUGGUUCGUGCAUGACGUCGCCGCAAGCUCAGAUCACGUUGAGAAUGGGAACGGUUUCGCGAUGUCAUUGCACGUCUACAAGUCUUGCACAGACGAGUUCACCUUCGUGACGCGGCAGAAUGAAGCUCAAAAGGGCAACCCUAAAAACGACUUGAUUUGGAACAUCGACUUGGAAGCGACUGACCCUCGGCUCAAUGAGGGUGUCCAGGACUUCGAGACUGCCAUCGGCCUUCAUGAGAUGCGACAGCUCCCUGCUCAGAAUGGCGAGUUUGGUACCGAUUAUAUUGACCUCACACCACGUUGUGGGCCUCAGAUUCCUGUCAGGGACGUGGAGGGUGGCCUCGACUUUCAAAGUUUCGAAAGCUCUGAAGCUUAUUCUACAGCAGAUGAUGAGACCUUGGACAUCGCAGAUGGCCGCCAAUCCGCUGCCUCCAGGAAUGCCAGUGGCACCGAGCCAGCAGCCAAACCUGCAAAAGGUGCUUGGCGCAUGGCGCUGCAGCCGAUUCCAGGGGCCUGGAUCCCUGCUGCGAAGGUCCCUACACUCCUUGCCACCACUGUUGUCGGAUCUCUUUUUGUGUCGGGCAUCGCUCAGAACAAGAACUUGUGGAUGAAAGCGAUCGCCCGAGAGAUCGACAUGAGCAGGGAAGAAGGCUUGGCUUGGGUUGCACUUGCGGCAGUGGAGUGCUUCCUUCUUGCUGCAGGCUUCAGAGCGCUGAGGUCCUUGUUCCUUGAGGGCUGGCCACCGAAGAUGCAGGUCUUGACGUGGAGCAGCCUGCAGCCAGGCCUUUGCUGGCACACUUGCUUGUGGGCACAGCUUCUCGCCAUGAUAGUAUGGGCGGAAGCCUUGCCUGCAUCUUUUCUUUGGUGGUGGUUUUUUCAAUUUGGUGGCCUGUCAUUGCUUUGGACACUGUUGGCUUGCUGGUCCAUGUUGUGCGGAGCCUUUGACAGUCGGACUCCCAAGCACCGGAGCUUCCUGGCCUUGCUCUGGCACCUCAUCUUCACUUUCCUGGCACUGCGGGCACUUUGCAUGGAGCUGGGCCCCAAGUGGAUACGAAGGAAACUGCAAAGCGUGGAGAGGCUUCAGGUGCUUGAAGUGCUUGGCGCUCCGCACUGGCUGUGUGAGAAAGUUGGGCACCUUGACCUGGGUGAUGUGAUGGGGUUGGCUUUUCUAUGUGCUGCCCGUGCCAACGCCGGAAGCCUGCAGCUUGGAGGAACGAGCUCGGUGAUGACGAAUGAUGCGCUGCACCAACCUACGCAAGUCCAAACGCAUGAGGCCAAAACGUCGGAGCACAAGUCCGGCCCGGAGUCGGUCAUCGAAGCUGCACGAGUGGCCCUCCCAACCGCCCUUCGGCCUGCUCCUCGCCGCCGAGCCUUGGCGGACUGCCUCUACGACACGGGGAACGUGGCGCCCUUCGUCGCCUCGCUGUCCUCAAUGGCAGGCGCCGAGAGCGAGGCCCUGGUGUCCUUCGACACCGCCUUGGGGCGCUGGGGCGCGUACGCGGCCUUCGAAGCCAUGGCCAAGGAGCAAUGGCAGUCGGUGGAGGAGCUGCCCCGCGAGUGGCAACAUCCCAAGUUCCGCAAGGACGAGGUGAAGGUGUUUCGCCUGGCGGGCCCCUGCAGAAUUCAAAAGGAGUACGCCAACUGGGGCAGGCUGGAGGGUGCCGCUGCGGAUGCGGCCCUCUCCAAGCAGCUGCUGGAUGAACUGGGGGUCGGGAAAGUUGCCACGGUGCUGCAGGGCAAGGUGAUGCAGGCCGAGCUGCGCGAAGCUUUGGAACAAUGGGUUCGGGACAUUCCCGACGCCACCCGCCAUCACGAGCGGCCGGUGCUCAUCGGCUUCUUUAGUUGCCACGGCAUGAUGAAGGCGAAGAACUUCCCGCUGCUUCUUGCGUCGGAUGCUCCACGCGAAGAGGAGGUCUCCGAGGUCUUCGAUGUCGAAGAGCAGCUGCUCGCGCCAAUCAACCGAAUCCAGCUUGAGAAGGGUCGUCGGCUGCGAGUGAUCCUGGUUUGUGACUGCUGCCUGUCUCCAAUGCAUGGCAUGAAGCACGACACGUGGAAGGUCAGGGGGCGUUCUUUUGGUCCCAGCUGCCAUGACUUCUACUUCUUGUUCGCCUGUGACCCAGGACUCGAGACACUCGAGCAUCCGAGAGGCGGUGCUUUGAUGCAGGAGCUGCUGCCUCGGUUGCGCCAACCGAAGCCGAUUGAUCAGAUCUUCAACGAAGUCAGCGCAGCCGUGGCGCAGAAGUCGGAGGAGUCACGGAGGAUGUCACAGCGACCAUGGGCAGUAUUGCGGCUUUCGGAACAAGGCCUGGUCUUGGCCGAGUGCGAGCCGGCGGUGCCGAUAGUGGUAGCCCUGGUUGGCGAGACGGGCGCUGGAAAAAGUACCUUGGGCAACGCCCUUCUGGGAGAGCCAAAGUUCAAGGUGUCCGGCGGCUUCAAGUCUGAGACUUCUGGGGUGCAGCAGGCUGAGGCGGAGUUUGAAGGCUGUGCUCUGCGUGUUUUCGAUGUUCAAGGCUUCGGAGACAACCGCGAGGGCCAGGAGGUCUUUGAUGCAGGCAUGCUUCCCUCAGAUAUAGAUGCCUUCCUCUUUGUACACAGCUGUGGCCGUUUCACCGCCCGUCACUUGACCAUGCUUGACCAGCUUCGGAGGGCCACGCGCGCACCCCCAGAGCGUAUCUUGCUGGUGUCUCAAAGGCAAGUAGCCAGGCUGAGCUCUCACAGGAGCAGUUUACAUCGUAUGUGUUGGAGGAAUCCCAGCAGUGCCCUGUUUUGCGCGACGAGCUCGCGAGGGUGGAUGCGGUGA